AUGCAGUUUCUCUCCCAACAUAGUCAAACAGCUCAGUGGAGCACACACUGCUGCCUGGCUUUUGUACUCAUCAUGAUUUCCUGCUCUGGACCAGCUUCACCCCUUCACGCUCCUCCAGUAGCAGCAGGUCUCCGCUCUGCUUUCUCUGCCACACAAACCAACAGUGUCGUGGGAGGCAAGCAGAAGGCUGUGACCUUCAACAGGCUCAUGGUCAACAUCGGACAGGAUUUUAAUCCAGACACCGGUCACUUCCGCUGCCGUAUCCCCGGGGCUUACUACUUCUCUUUCUCUGUGGGGAAAUUCCCAAAGAAAAUGCUUUCUGUGUUACUGGUGAAAAACGGAGAGGAGGUGCAGGCCAUAGCGUAUGAUGACUACCGCAAGAAAGGGAGGAAAGUUCAAAGCCAAAGUGUAAUGAUCACUUUAAAGGAAAUGGACACAGUGUGGCUGCUUUUACAGCAGAGUCCUCAGUAUGCUUUGUACAGCAAUGCCGGCCCUUACAUCACCUUCUCCGGUUACCUCGUCUAUCCUGACAUCACCCCGACUGGCUACAUCAGCAACCACCUGUCCCCAUCAGGCCUGUCCUACCCAAACUGCCCCCCUCAGGCUGACCCCAGAGGUCAGACAGCAGAACAGCCGCGGUCUGCCUUCUCAGUGGCGCGGACCUCCACACUCAUAGGUCAGAGUAUCAGGCAGCAGGACAAGCCGCCUCUGACAUUUGACGUGGAAUACGUCAACAUUGGAGGACAUUUCAACAAAACCUCAGGCCUGUUCACCUGCCACAUCCCGGGAGCUUACUUCUUCGCCUUCACUGUGGGGAAACACCCUCGUAAGGCUGUUUCUGUGAAGCUGAUGACCGGGAAAGGCGAAGUGCAGGCGAUGGUGUUCGAUGAGGACACGUCGAAGAGGAGGGAGAUGCAAAGUCAGAGCUUGCUGCUGUCUCUGCGCCGCGGCGACAGCGUGUGGCUGUACAGUCAGCAGGAUGAGCGUUAUGCUGUCUACAGCAACCAGGGAAGGUACACCACCUUUUCUGGUUUCCUGGUUUAUCAUGAAGCAGAAACACUGUCACCUCCCACCACCCAGGACAGAACUCACCUGUAA